AUGUCGGUCUAUCAGUCAAGUUUAAUGUGGUUACAGAAUAGACUCUCUGGCUCAGAUAACUGGUGUAGUAAAAGUGCUGCCAUGAUGCUAGAUCGUGAAGUAUUAGCCAAUAUUAAAGAUGCAUUUCAUACGAUGGAAGCGCAAGUCAAGUUACGCUUGAUCCUGUCGCUAUUCCAUUUAAGCCAUGCGCAAAUUGAAGAAUUCUCUCAAGAGUUGAGCGAAAUUCUUCAACAAGCCGUCGUGGAUCGUGAUCAAUGGACGUCGACAAUAGCUAGAAUUAUGGUUACAUUGUAUUCUCCUGAUUACUUAGAUUCAUUAAAGAAUGCCAACCAAUAUUUAGCUGAUUUCUUCACCAGUGUCACCGAAGCAGCUAAGAAAGCAUCAGAUACAAUGUCACCUAGCCUCGAGCAAAUGCCUCUUGAAGCGUCAUAUAUAAACAGUACGGUCCUGAAUAAUCUAUAUGGUAAGCUACCAAACGUGACCAAACAUUUUACGUUAAAAAGAAAGCCAAAAUCAGCCGAAUUGAGAGCAAUGUUAAUAGAAAAGAGUAUAACUCAGAGUGGACAAGCAAAGCAGGAAAGGUUUAAUAAAAUCGAACCUUCAACACCUUUGCCUACGAUAGGCAAUCGACGUCCUUCUGCCGCAAGUUCUUCUGCUAAUGCCGGCUUUAUCGCACGUAACAGUACUCCAACUAUUGCCGGUAGAAACUUACCAACUUACAAUAGAGGCUUACGCACACCAACAAAUGUCAGGAGUACAAAGCUACUUGAAAUUGAAGAUCAGCCGCGCAGUGCAAGCCGUGAAGCAAAGCGUAAGAAAAAGCAAACUGAAGAUAAUAAAGAUAAUCCCCCUGCUAAAGUCAAGAAAACCGAACAACCUAAAUCGCCAACUACCCCCAGCAACAUCUUAAACUAUGCGUCUAGUAUUAAGUUACCGGUGGAUGAAGCAACCGGUACAUCAGAAUCCACCCUAUAUGCUAAAUCUCGUUCAGCAAAGAAGGGCACCGAGCUUGAUGACACAAAGGAUAGUGCAAUGACUACUAAUGUAGCAUCACCAACUGUAACUUCACCGUUGACCAAGCUAAAUGAAGAUGAGCAUAAAACAGAAAAGCACUCUGUCGAUAAAGGAGAUAAAACCUCAACAGGCAAAUCUUCAAGUAAACAAAGUUCUACAAAAAAACAAUCAGACAAAACUCCCUCCAAUACCAAGAGCAGUAAAGGUCAAAAUCGGUCUACCAAAGCGCAACGGAAGCGAGAUGCAACAUCAGCUGUAACUACUGCAACUAGUGUAAAAGAGCCCAAAGCACUUUCACCUGUAACAACUGCAGUAACGGCGGCACCAACAGGAUCUACAACGCCUACUUUAUCAAGCGUAACUUCAAAAAUUAUCGCUACGAAGGACAAGGUCGACAACGAAGAGUCGAAUGACAAAACUCCUACGAAGGCAUCAUCUGAAUCUAAUAAACAAUUUUGCAUGUCGAGGGCACAACUGGUUGAAUUUAAUAACAUGUUUCGCCAAUAUGGAAAUCGAGUGUCAUUCGAGGAAAAAGCGCAAAUUUUACAGUUUAUCGUUGGAAUGCGAAAUAAUCCUAAUCCAUCGAAAGGUGCCAUAGUUGAAAUUUUGUUGGGUAUUCAUGAUGACAAGGUUGUAGAUGAAAACGGGAAGGAAGAAGUUGUACCGUGUAAAUCAGUUUUUGUAAUGAACUAUGACACUGGUGAAUGGCGGCGGGAAACUCAUCGACUCCCUUAA